CCCAGCUGACAUGGGGACCAUCGGAGCCAGGCAGCUGUGCUGGGCGAUCCUGGGCUUGCUCUUCCUCCAAGGACCCUUUAGCAGUUUAAGUCUGGUCACGGAGCCAACUUCUCCCAAUACAGGAGAAAAAUCUUCCUCCGAGUUUGGCAGCCCAAGGCUUCUUUUCAGCUCCAGUAUCCCAGCAACUUCGCAGAAGACCCCACAAAGCCCCCUGGGAUCCAGGAACCCUGUAACAGGGAGAUCAAGUGUCACAGAUGGGCACUCCUUUAAGAACCUGACUCAGGCCCAGGCACAGAAGCACACAGCGGAACUUAGCACUGGAGCUCCACACAGCAGUAGCAGCAGUGGCGGAGGAGGCAGCAGCGCAAGGGGAGAAACAUCUCAAAAUGAUACUUCUAAUUCAGUCACCAUGGACUCAAGUAUGAUGGAAGACUUGACCAUCCUGCCUAGCCCCACAUUAGCAACUGUGCUCACUGUGGCUGCCUUUGGUGUGAUCAGCUUCAUUGUCAUCUUGGUGGUUGUGGUGAUCAUCCUAGUCGGUGUGGUCAGUCUAAGGUUUAAGUGUCGGAAGAACAAGGAGUCAGAAGAUCCCCAGAAACCAGGGAGUUCAGGACUAUCUGAAAGCUGCUCCACAGCCAAUGGAGAAAAAGACAGCAUCACCCUCAUCUCCAUGAAGAAUAUCAACAUGAAUAACAGCAAAGGCUGCCCCUCAGCAGAGAAGGUUCUUUAAAAGUGACUUUGGUCCCCAUGGGUCCAAGGAUGAUGCAGCUGUUCCAUGACUAUAAGGAGGAAGAGAUGAAAUUGAUAGAGGCAAUAAACCAUAUAUAAAUUAUUUUAUUGUUUUGUGUCUGCUCCUGGAUCUAAAGGACACUGGCACUCCUCCAGAUAUGGCAGCAAGCUUCCAGCAUGAGAGACUGCUUCCCACACAGACAGAAAUAUGGCCUGGUCCUCUUCUUUCUAGAGUCAUACGAAGGAGUAGCCUAUAAAGCAAGAAGAAGGAAAAAUACCGCAGUGGACUGAUCCUUUAUACUUGCAUUAAAAUUAUU